UUUUCCUAAUAAUAAUUUUGAGAAGAUUUUAUUUAAAUCAUUAUCCUCCCCAUGGCACUGGGGUUGUUGAAGCCGUUGAUACCUUCUAUUGCCUUUCCUCACUGUUCUCACUCUUCACUUGUUGCUGCCACUGUGCCAAUUACCAUUUCAAAGAGACUACCUUCCAGAUUCCCAUCAGCUAAAAUGGCCACAGCUGAAGCUAAUACUAAUCCAAAUUCUAUCAGAAUCAUUGAUUCACAUCUUCAUGUCUGGGCUUCUCCACAGGAGGCUGCAGAUAAAUACCCUUAUUUCCCUGGCCAAGAACCCAGUUUGCCUGGACAUUUAGAGUUCUUGCUUCAGAACAUGGAAGAAGCAGGCGUACAUGGUGCACUAAUAGUGCAGCCCAUUAAUCACAAAUUUGAUCAUUCUUUAGUGACAAGUGUUAUGAAGAAGCAUCCAACCAAGUUUGUUGGUUGCUGCCUUGCUGACCCUGCAGAAGACGGAAGUGGGCUUAAGCAGCUUGAAGAACUUGUCUUGAAGGAUGGUUAUCGAGCUGUUCGCUUUAAUCCCUAUCUAUGGCCAUCUGGUCAGAAGAUGACAAAUGAUGUUGGGAAGGCAUUGUUUUGUAAAGCCGGAGAACUUGGGAUACCAGUUGGUUUCAUGUGUUUUAAGGGGCUCGAUCUUCAUAUAGCCGAAAUUCAAGAAUUAUGUACAGAAUUUCCUUCUACAGUUGUAUUGCUUGAUCAUUUGGGUUUCUGCAAACCAUCAACGAACUAUGAAGAAAGUCUUACCUUCUCCGAGCUUUUAAAGCUAUCCAGGUUCCCAGAGGUAUAUAUCAAAUUCAGUGCCCUGUUCAGGGUGUCAAGAAUGGCUUACCCAUAUCAAGAUUUGGCACCCCUUCUUUCCCAAGUGGUCUCCAGCUUCGGUGCAAAUCGUAUCAUGUGGGGCAGUGAUUUCCCCUAUGUUGUUCCAGAAUGCGGGUAUAAAGGAGGAAAAGAUGCAGUGUCUUCAGUAGCCAGUCAAAUACCUUUACCCACUUCUGAUUUGGAGUGGAUUAUGGGUAAAACAGUCAUGCAACUCUUCAAAGGACAAUGGCUUCCAUGAGCAGCAAAUUAUCAUAUACAAAGAGUCAAUUAUUUAAAUUUUUUGCUCCUUUUUACAUAUCCCACGUAUUUGGGCAAAAUAAAGGUGGCCGACAGUUUGAUCAA